GUGAUUCAACCAGUGGUCAGCGAGCUAUUUAUCAUGGUUUGGGAUUAACAGGAAUUCCUAUCAUAAAUGUGAACAACAACUGCUCAACUGGCUCAACAGCUUUGUUCAUGGCCAGACAACUAAUUCAAGGAGGUUUGGCUGACUGUGCCUUGGCUCUUGGAUUUGAGAAGAUGGCAAGAGGGUCCAUUGCAUCGAGUCCGUUCAAUGACAGGGUGAGUCCAAUGGACAAACAUUUAGAAGUGAUGGUAAACAAGUAUGGCAUAGCUGCAGCACCAAUUACUCCACAGUUGUUUGGAAAUGCUGGCAAAGAACAUAUGGAGAAAUACGGAACAAAGCAAGAACAUUUUGCAAAAAUUGCAUGGAAAAAUCAUAAACAUUCAGUUCACAAUCCUAAUUCCCAGUUUCAAAAGGAGUAUAGUUUUGAUGAAGUGUUACAGUCACGCAAGGUUUAUGAUUUCUUGACACUUCUGCAGUGUUGCCCAACAUCUGAUGGUGCAGCAGCUGCCAUAUUGGCUAGUGAAGAGUUUGUGAAGAAGAAUGGUUUGGAGCCAAAAGCUGUUGAAAUUGUAGUCCAAGAGUUGAUGACGGAUCUCCCAAGCACAUUUGAAGAAAACAGCUGCAUCAAAAUGGUUGGCUUUGAUAUGGCUAAGGAAGCUGCAAGAAAGUGCUUCUCAAAAGCUGGCCUGAAACCGGAAGAUGUGGAUGUGAUUGAGCUACAUGACUGCUUCUCUGCUAAUGAAUUACUUACUUAUGAAGCUCUAGGACUUUGUCCUGAAGGAAAAGCUGGUGAGCUCAUUGAAAGAGGAGACAAUACUUAUGGUGGAAAGUGGGUCAUAAAUCCAAGUGGUGGCUUGAUCUCAAAAGGACAUCCACUGGGUGCCACAGGUCUGGCUCAGUGUGCCGAGCUCUGCUGGCAGCUAAGAGGAGAAGCUGGAAAGAGACAGGUUCCUGGUGCAAAGGUUGCCUUGCAGCAUAACUUGGGCCUUGGUGGUGCUGUAGUAAUCUCCCUCUACAAAAUGGGCUUUCCUGAAACGGCACGAAAUCGGCAAAUCCAAGCUGUUCCCACUAAGGCAGCUGUGGAAGGAUUUAAAGCAGACCUCGUCUUCAAAGAAAUUGAAAAGAAACUUCAGGAGGAAGGAGAGCAGUAUGUCAAGAAAAUUGGUGGAAUUUUUGCCUUCAAAGUAAAAGAUGGUCCUGGAGGCAAAGAAGCAACCUGGAUAGUUGAUGUGAAAAAUGGUAAAGGCUGUGUAGAUUUUAACUCAGAUAAGAAAGCUGACUGCACGAUUACCAUGGCUGACUCUGAUUUGCUGGCUCUGAUGACGGGCCAGAUGAACCCACAAACAGCUUUCUUUCAAGGAAAAUUGAAGAUUGCUGGGAACAUGGGCAUGGCAAUGAAGCUCCAGAAUCUACAGCUCCAACCUGGCAAAGCUAAACUUUGAAUUGCUCUGAUUUUAAGAUGCAGUCAGGACUUUAAAAUGAGUUUCUCUCAAAAACUAGGCUGGAACUAGAUGUUGGAAGUAGCAUGGUACUGUGUGAUCAACUCUAGCUUUCCUGAAGCCUCUGCUUAAUGAAGAUUUUGGAAUUAGUUUCCAUAAAUCAGUCAAUAAAAUAUUAAUGGUUGGAUAACCUAAGACAGUUUAUAAUGGUUAAGACCAGUAUGAAUGCACAAUUGCAAUAUAUUAGAAACUGUGAUUUCAGUCCAUUUGAAAUUGUUUCUAAAAGUACUAGAAUAAGACCUGUCUACUCUCAUUCUAAUGAAAUUUUUAACAUAGGAAAGGCAGUAAGUAUGCAAAGAUAAUAUUACUUGUUUGGCAAAAAUCUUCCUUGGUUUCAUGAAAGGCUUAGAAAAUGCUGCUUCUUUCUUUUUCUAUUUUUUCCAACUUUUCAUGAGAUCCAGAAAGCUAACUUAGGCCGCAGUCUCACAACCUUGGGCAUAUCUAGUGAAAUCUUUUAUUUGUUCUUUGUUUUUAGUGCACAUAUAUAUGCCUCCCAAUUCACCAAAUCUCUUUUACAUUCCCUCAGAUUUCAAAGAUAGCUUGGUAAUGACAGAAAAUCCAAAUCUCCCAUAGCUGAACACAGUUUGUGUAAUUUGGAUCCUAGCCUUGACUAAUAAAAUUUACCUCUUUCUAAAUUGA